AUGGCGGAAGCCAUAGCUACAAGUAUGAUCAACACCAUAUUUACUCUAUUAGUGCAUGUACUUAUAUCAUUGCCAGAGUAUUAUGAUGUUGUCACCAAUCCUAUUGAUCUGCUAAAGAUUCAGCAAAAAUUGAAAAUGGAUGAGUAUGAAACGAUUGAUCAGCUGUCAGCAGAUAUAGAACUCAUGGUCAACAAUACUAAAGCUUAUUACACGAAAGAAAAUCAAGAGUAUUUAGAUGCCUGUGAUCUGUGGGAUCUUUACAUUGAAACCAAAAAUGAAAUUCUUGAAGAGAAUGAAGAUUUUGGUGAUGAUCCUUUAGAGAAAGAUGAAGAAAGUCCACCCAGCGAACCAGAGAAACUAGUUUUUCCUGAAGUAGGAGACAGUGAUGAAAGCGAAAAGUCCUCUGCUUGUAGCACUGCUGCAGCUACUGCUUCCACUGAUUCUGCUCAUGUUUCCCAUGGAACUAUUGAAGCAGUGGGUGAAUCGCAUGCAAUGGAAACCACGCAAUCUUUGGAAAGUACUGUGCAUAGGUUUACAGCAGUACAGGAGUUUGAUAAGUCUACUGAUGACAGAAGAAAGGAAACUAGAGAUAAAACUUUGAUGGUGGAAGAUGCAUCAAGCCAUCCUGAACAUGGCGAGAUGGGACAAGAGACUCCCAAGGGGGAAUGCAAAGGAAAAGAAGAGAAAAAAGAAGUAGAGCUCACAAUGGCAAAACUAGAGCAAAAACAGGACGAUAAGCUAGAGAUACCUUAUAAACAAGAGAUUCUCGUGAAGGAGACUCCCACAGAAAAAGCCCAAAGUGAUCAGAGUAGUGUACCUGACACUAAAAUGUCUGGAGAGCAGAGCUCUGGUGUUAUUAAAGAGAAAUCUAUUGUAAAGGAUUCUGAGUCGAGCAGUGGACUCCAGCGUGAAGAUGUUACUAGUUUUAGCUUGGAUAGCAAUGACUCUGAUUAUGCCAUGGACAACCCAGACAGUCUGUAUGAACAACUGUUCACAGCCAUCAUGACACACAAAGACAGUACUGGUAGAUACACAAGUUUACUAUUUCGAAAGUUACCUGCUCGGGCUUCAUAUCCUGAGUACUAUGACUUCAUAAACCAUCCUAUUGAUCUGAAAACGAUUGCUAAGAAAAUCAAGAAUGAUGAAUAUAGUACACUACAAGAUAUGGAAAAAGAUCUAAUGUUGAUGGUGAAAAACGCUAAAACAUUCAAUGAGCCUGGUUCUAAUGUUUAUAAGGAUGCAUGUACGCUGAAAAAAAUAAUAAAUAUAAAAAAGAAUGAGUUUGAUAGAAUUGUCAAAGAUGAUCCACCACUUCCUAAAAUCAGCGAAAGGAUCAAGGCACGUCAGAAUUCCGGACAAAAUACAUUAUCUGCAAUCACGGCAGCGUUACAGAUCUCAUCUGAUGAGGAAGAAGAGUUCCAUCCCAAGGUAACGGAAUGGGAAGAUGGCGAUGAAUCGGGAGCAGAUGGCUUUCUUAUGGAUGUUGGAGAUCCAUUACAUGUGUUAUUUGAUACAGUUGUUAAUCAUAGAAAUGCUAUGGGACAACUCGUAUGUGAGCCAUUCAUGAGAUUACCUAAUAGUAGAGCAUACCCAGACUAUUACAAAGAAAUUGAACAACCGCUAGCAUUGAGUAAGAUUAGAGCUAAACUUAAGUCUGUCAAAUAUGAAAAUCUGACUGAAUUGGAGGAGGAUCUAAACUUAGUUUUCAAUAAUGCCAAAAAGUACAAUUUACCUAACUCGAGGCUCUACAAAGAUGCAGAUAGAUUACAGAAACUAACUGUCAGCAAGAAGAAAGAAUUGGAACAGUUUGAAAUAAAGAAGGAAAAUGAAAGUGUCCAUGAAGAACCAAUUGUGGAGAAGCCAAAGAAGAAGAAAAGCAAUGGAACUCCAUCAGUAAAAGAGGAAAAGAAACAGAAAAAACGAGAAAGUAUGGAUGGAGAGAGCCAGUUGAAAAAAAGAUGUACUCUUUUGUACAAAAUAAUUGAAAAUUAUCAGGAUGCCACUGGUCGUUAUUUAACUGAUCUGUUCAUGGAGAAACCAUCCAGAAAACUGUAUCCCGACUAUUACAAAGUUAUCAGUGAACCUAUUGAUAUGAUAACAAUUGAAAAUAAUAUUCUCAAUGAUAAGUAUACAGCAGAGUAUGGCUUAAUAGCUGACUUCAAAUUAAUGUUUAAUAAUGCAAGACAUUAUAAUGAAGAAGAAUCCCAAGUAUACAGAGAUGCUGACAUAUUGGAAGAAUUAUUGAUGAAUAAAUUAAAAGAAUUUGGACCAUUACCAAUGGAACCAUAUCCAACUCCGAAAGGUAAAUCACUGAAGAAGAUCACUCCAAAGAAGCCAUCAAAAGCACUAACACCACUAGCCCAGAAGUUAAAUGAGCUCUGUGAAACAGUCAACAACUAUAAAAAUUCCAACAAGAGAAUAUUGUCAGCAAUUUUCCAAAGGUUGCCAUCUAAAAUUGAAUACCCAGAAUACUACCAGGUUAUCAAGAAACCUAUUGAUAUGCAGAAAAUCUAUCAGAGGAUCAAUCAGUACGAUACACUGGAUGAUAUGGUGUCUGAUUUUCUUCUCAUGUUUGAUAAUGCUUGUAAAUUUAAUGAACCGGAUUCACAGAUCUACAAGGAUGCACUGACUUUACAAAGAGUACUGAUACAAAAGAAUGCAGAAUUGAUGAGUGAUGAGUUGUCUGGUGUCCCUGAUGUACAAAUGUUAGUCCGUGAAAUCAUGACAAACCUAUAUGUGUCUGUUGUCAAUCACCAAGAUGAAGAAGGUCGGUGUUACAGUGAUUCGCUUGCUGAGAUAUCAAGUGAAAAAGAAGAAGGGUGUGAAAAAAACCCUUUAGAUUUAGACACUGUACGUAGAAAUAUCGAUAAAGGACGUUACCGGAGACUAGAUCGCUUUCAAGAUGAUAUGUUUGAAGUAUUUGAAAGAGCUAGAAGAUUAAGUAGGACUGAUUCACAGGUGUAUGAAGAUUCUGUAGAACUUCAUAAGUUCUUAAUAACUAUCCGAGAUGAGAUCUGUAAGAAUGGAGAACUGCUACUUUCCCCUGCUUUGAGUUACACCCAUAAACACUUGCAAAAUGAUCUAGAAAAAGAGAAGAAAGAAAAACUGCCCAAAGAAAUGAAAGAAGACCAAGAGAAAAUAGAAGAAGAGAAACGCAUUCAGGAAUUAGAAGCUGCAAAACAAGCUGAACAGGAUAGUGGAGCUACUGAGGGUGUUGAUAUAAAAGGACAAACAUAUCGUGUUGGAGAUUUUAUAUAUUUGGAACCACUAGAAAAAAAUCUCAAACCUCACAUCGCAGUGAUAGAAAAACUGUGGACUGAUGAAAAUGAUGAACAGUGGCUGCAUGGUAACUGGUAUUAUAGACCAGAUGAAACCUUUCACUUGGCUACCAGGAAGUUUUUAGAAAAGGAGGUUUUCAAAAGUGACUAUUACAACACUGUAAAAACUAACCGUGUCAUGGGGAAGUGUUACGUCAUGUCUGUUAAAGAUUACUUUAAAUCCAGACCUGAUGGAUUUGCAGAGGAGGAUGUAUAUGCAUGUGAAUCUAGGUACAAUGCUAAAGCCAAGGCUUUUAAAAAAAUCAAGAUCUGGUCAUUACCACAGGGAAGUACUAAGAUUAUAUCUAGAGACGAGACAUUAUCUAAAGUACGAAUAGCGUCAGUAUUUGCUGAUCAUAUAAAUAAACAAGAAGAAUCCAUGGAAACGGAUCAAACUGAUGUACUUGAUAAGGAGCGGGAGAAUGUUGAAGUUGAAGUACCAAACCCAGAUGAUGGUUGUACAUAUUAUGAACAAUUGAAUAUAGAAUCAGGUUUUUAUAAGCUUGGUGAUUGUGUGUACUUGAGAUCUGAUGAAGAUAGGCCAUUUCUAGCAAGGAUGGAUAAAAUGUGGAAAGAUUCAGCUGGUGAUCCCUGGUUCCAUGGCCCAUGGUUUGUACAUCCAUCUGAGACAGAACAUCAACCAACUCGUAUGUUUUAUAAGAAUGAAGUGUUUCUGAGCUCUAUUGAAGAUACCAAUCCCAUGCGUAGCAUUAGUGGGAAAUGCUCUGUGCUAUGCUUUAAAGACUAUCUAAUUAGCCGUCCCACUGAAAUUGCUGAAGAUGAUGUAUAUGUUUGCGAGUCUCGUUACAAUGAAGCUGAAAGACAGAUCAGGAAACUCAAAGGUUUAAAAAAAUUCUCUGUAGCUAAUAAAGUUAUAGAUGAUGAGAUUUACUUCUAUAGGAAACCAAUCACUCCAUUGAAAGAGCCAUCACCACUGUUACAGAAAGCCACACUGGAACAGGCUAGUGAUCAGGCUAAUGAGGAUGUGGACAGCAAAACUGAUGAAACCAUUAUAGCGGCACCAGUUCCCCCUCCACCACCAGUCAUUGAAACACCAGUUAAACCCAAAACCAAGAGAACUGCCAGCGGUUAUAUUUUAUUUGCUAGUGAAAUCCGAUCACAUCUCAAAAAACAGUAUCCGGACCAUUCAUUUGGUGAACUUAGCCGUGUUAUUGGAACAGAGUGGCGUAAUUUACCACCUAAACAAAAGUCGGAGUAUGAAGAGAGAGCAGCACUACAGGCAGCAGCUAAGGAGGAAGCUAGUAAUGAAGGUUUCCAGCAUGCACCUGGAUCUCCGGCUCAGGUACAACCACCGGGAACAAUGGUGGUCUAUGAAUGCUGCUGGGGUGAUUGCGAUUUCCAAUUUGAAGAUUUACAGGAUCUGACAAAUCAUAUCAUUGAGAACUCGGGACAUCUCAGAAUGCUAGGAGAACAACCAGAAUAUCCUUGCUUGUGGAGAGGAUGCCCCAGAAAUAGAAAAGUUAACCAACCCUUCCCAGCAUUGGUGCGACUUAUCAGACAUUGUAAAGAGGUUCAUCUGAGGGUGUCAUCCAAACAUAUCUAUCCACAGCAAAGAAGCAGAAAUUUCUUUUCACGUCUAUCAGUUCGUGGUGGUCUACAGAGUGGAUCGCCAGGCCCUGGUGGACGUCCCAUGACCCCAAGUACUAGUGGUGCUGUGAUGGGCAUUGUGGGACCACCGACUCCUGUUGGAAUGGUUUCACAGCAUGGCGUUGUCAAUAACAUGCAAGGGAUGCAAAGUGGUAUGCAUCCAGGGAUGCAGGGCGGUAUGCAACCUGGUAUGCAACCUGGUAUGCAACCUGGUAUGCAUGGAAUGCAAGGUACAAUGCCAGGAAUGAUGCAAGGACAUCAAGGAAUGCAACAAGUUGGUGCCAUGCAGGGAAUGCCACCUCAUUCUCAGCAGCAAGUAAUGCAACCUGGUAUGUCUCCUAUGGUCAUGGGAAGCCAGGGAAUGCAGAUGCAGCAUGGGAUGCAACCAAUAAACACCACUCAAGGUAUACCUGCAGGUAGGAUGGGCCAACCUAUGAUGCAACCACACCCACAGCAACCUCCACCGCCUAUGAUGUCACCUAGACCAGGUCUUCACCCUCCACCAGCGCCUAGUCCACACAGUGGACCAGCAAGUCCUGCCUUUGAUCAAGGUGGUCAUCCAGUAAGCCAGUCACCAAUGCCACAGGUACAGCCCCCUCAAAUUCCAGUACCACCACCCCAGCCACCUGCUCCGAUGUUUGUACCUGUCCCACCCAAAACACAACGAUUGCUGCAUUCAGAAGCAUAUCUCAGAUAUAUUGAAGGUCUUAACGUUGAAUCCAAGACAAUAACUGACUGGGAUAGGAACAUAUCAGCUCGUAAAGAAGAUACUCCUAUGACACAUCAACAGAAAACUAAAUUACCAGUGCAUUGGUUAGCUAAUGGUCCUGGUUCCCAUGGUGACCCACUCAAAGCUUUGUGGUCUUUGAGAGACCUCAUGUUGAAUGAUUCACUCAGGAUUAAAAGGGGAUAUAAUGUGGACAUAAAGGGAGACAAGGUGUAAUGUUACAAUUUUAUUUAUUUAUUCAUUUCCUGUUAUUGGGACGUUUGGGUUAUCUGGAAUGCAUUUAGUCAUAUGGUGUGGGUUGCCAUGAAAUUCAUUCACUUUUCAUGGAUCAUUUUACCAGUUUUUAUAGAAACUUUGUUGAAUAUUUUGUGUUGUACUUUUUAUUUAAAUAAAUAAAACAAAAAAAAAUCUAAUUUUAUAUUUUACAAUAAAGAAACAUC